UGGGGAGGGGAGGGUAGCGGGAACUCGCCAGGUUCUCUUUUCAAACCGGACAGGAUCAACUUUAACAAACCGGCUCUUCUGGGCCCCAAAGGGUUAACCCCUUUUUCAUGUUGAGCUGCUUAUAAAGAGGGGGAGGACAAGCCUCCGCCUUAUUGAGAACCUUUUGGGGUUUAUUCUCUUCUCUCCUAACUUGUGAGAAAACUGGAUUUCGGAGAGAAUGACUUGUCCAGUCACACAACUAACUAAUAAGUGGCAGAGUCUGGAAUCAGAAUCGUGACUCCAUAGCCAAUACUUUUUCUAGGACACUGUGCUGGAAGAGACUGAGGAUUUCAACUAACUUUAUUUUGGACACUCCAGGCAUAAAGAUAAAACAUAUCUGUGAAGCGCUUUGCUUCAUAUAUGGCAAAGAAUUAGCUCUUAAUAAAUGCCAGCUGAGUGAACUGCAUUGAAGACAGCCUAUGGGCACCAAGACUUUAAGAUAUUAAGAAUGACGCAGAAGGGAAAGUUUUGUUUCGGUGCAAAUGUUUAUUCUCAAGUGCCUGAUGGAGGAUGGGGCUGGGUCGUGGCUUUUGCAUUUUUCUUGAUUGAAGCACUUACAUAUGGUGUCAUCAAAUUAUUUGGUGUCUUCUAUAAUGACAUAAGGGACAGUUUUAAGGAAACCAACAGCAGAAUUUCAUGGAUAAUAUCAAUUUGCGUGUUUGUGCUAACAUUUACAGCUCCUCUAGCCACAAUAUUGAGCAAUCGUUUUGGCCAUCGCCCUGUGGUGAUGGUAGGAGGACUGCUUCUUAGCAUGGGGAUCAUCGGGGCAUCCUUUUCAGAAACUGUUGUUCAUAUGUAUAUCACUAUUGGAGUAGUCUCUGGCUUCGGAUUCUGCCUUUGCUUUCUCCCUACCGUCUACAUUCUGUCACUGUACUUUGAAAAAAGACGCUCCCUGGUGUCCGCAGUUGCUUCCACGGGAGAAUGUUUUGCCAUGUUUACUGGUGCACCAGCCAUCACAGCUUUGAAAGAGAAAAUUGGCUGGAGAUACAGUCUUUUGUUAAUUGGCGUAUUACAGUUAAACAUUAUCAUCUGUGGAGCACUGCUUCGACCAAUUAUAAUCAGAACACCUGGAACAUCAAAAGAACCCACACCUGAAAGUCGGAAAGAAGUGCAGUAUAUGCUUGAAAAUGAGAAAACACACACCUCAAUAGACUCCAUUGACUCAGGAGUAGAAUUAACUACCUCACCUAAAAACGUGCCUAGUAAUGCCAAUGCAGAACCUGAGCCAAAGACUGACAUAGAAACCCUGGUAUCCAGUGAUAUAAAGUCAAGUGAAAAAGCUUCAUUAUUGGACUUUUCCAUUUUGAAAGAAAAGAGUUUUAUUUGUUACACACUUUUUGGCCUGUUUGCUACACUUGGAUUCUUUGCUCCCUCUUUGUAUGUCAUUCCUCUGAGCAUUAGUCUGAAUGUUGACAAGGAUCGUUCAGCUUUUACGUUAUCUGCCAUGGCAGUGGCAGAAGUUUUUGGAAGAAUUAGUGCUGGUUUUGUCCUUGAUAGAAAGCCUAUCCGUAAGAUCUAUAUUGAGCUUAUCUGUGUCAUUCUGUUGACUGUAUCUUUAUGUGCCUUUCCUUUUGCUUCUGAGUUUUGGGGUCUUAUAGCAUGCAGUGCAUUCUUUGGAUUCAUGCUCGGAACAGUAACAGGUACUCAUCUUCCUCUGCUAGCUGAAGAUGAUGUAGUAGGAAUUGAGAAGAUGUCUUCUGCAGCUGGAGUCUAUGUCUGUGCUCAAAGUAUAUCAGGACUUGCUGGACCACCCCUUUCAGGUCUUUUAGUGGAUUACACCGAGAAGUGUGCUUCAGCUUUCUAUUCCUGUGCAGCUGGCAUGGCAGUAGCAGCUAUAUUUCUGGCAUUUGUGAGACCAUGCAAAGUUGGACUGUGUCGGCGCCCGCAAGAUGAAGAAAAGUCUGAUGGACAGCAGGCAAAAGCCUUACAAGAUACUCCUGAAGAUUUUCUUGAAAUGGACCUUGGGAAACAUGAAAACAAAGGAAACAAGAAAGAUAACAUAGUAUGAUAACUGUCAUUCAUAUAAUAUUAAAUACUGGGUUAAUAAUAGGACGGUGAGGAAAAGGUGACUGACUACUCUUUCUUUCCCACUUUCAGAAACUACAUCUUAACAGGAAUGUAUAUGUGAAUGGGACUAUCAACAUCUUUUUGAAAAGUUUUCUUUUUCAGUUUGUUUUUAAGUUAGCCAAAAAGACACAAUCAAAAAAAGCUUCCAUUCAAAAUCUGAUUGUAAGUCAUUAGCAAGAUGAGGAGGGGUUAGACCUUCACAUUCCUGUUUCUAAAGAGGUGCUAAGCAUCAUCAAAGUGUUUCCACAGCUCUCAUUCCCAUGUGAUAAAACUGGGAUCUUAUGAAAUAACUGUAGCCCAUGUGCAAAGAGCUGACCAUCCAAGAAUUCUUAAACACGUCUGAAAAUUCCUUAAUCUUUAUAGGAAAGUGAGUGAUAGAUAAAUAUGAAUAAUUUUUUAAAAAAUCAUAGCAUUGAUGUUUCCAUUUGGCAAAAACAUGGGCUUUUAUUUUUCUAAAUGGAUUCACUUGAUGUAGAAUUUUAGACCAAAUAGUUUAUCAAUAAACUGAGGAAUUGUGAAAUAACAAUAACAACUUGAAUUGGAUAAAUGUGAAGAUUACCACUUAUUUUUAUGGCCAGUUUUUAUCAUAAGUAUUUUAAUACAAAAUACUUUUCCUAGAACUGUGUUCCCAAAUAUAUUUCCUAUCAUUUUGAGUUAUUCCUAUAUCUGUGAUUGUAGUAUCUUAAAUUUAAACCAGUAUUUAUUUUUAAGUUAUUUUAGGAUGGUUAAAGGUGAUAGUUAUUAUAAGAAAUUAAAUGUGAAAACUAGUAAAAUGCAUUUUACCUCUUUCAGCUAUCCUUUCAAUGCCUCAAAAAUCUUUUGUUUUGUAAAAUUACUGUCUUGAAAACUCAGACUGUAAUGAUAUCCUAAUUUUGCUUUAAAUUGAAUGAUUUUACACAGAUUGUGCUAUUUAAAAACAGAAAAAAUCCACUUGAGCAAGAAUAGCAAACCACCUUACUGGAUAUGAUUUAGUUUAAUUUUUUCUUUUAAUCUCCUAAAAAUACUUGAGAAUUUUUGUAUUACACUAAAUAGUCAAGGCAUUUCUGGUUUAAAAAAAAAUAAUUGAAUUUUUGAAAUAUUAGGACAUUUAGGACUAUGAUUUUGAGUUACACAAUACUGUUUACAUCUUAAGAAUAGGUUAUUGUUUGUUGUUGUUUUUCUACUACUUGUACAGUAUUCUCCAUUUCAUGGUGACUUUGAAGGCAACAGGGUGGGCUAUGCUCUUUGCUUUGAUUUAUAUAGAAUCUAACCUGGUCAGUGAUGGCCCUUGCUUGCUGCCCCCAUCUUUUAUAUAUCUCUGCUGUUACUUUAAGACAACUCAGGGGAACAAACAAGACAAGCCUAGUUUGGCACAUGCACACAGCUGCAUCUAAAGUGGCAUCACUCAUCACUUGCUAUGUUUUGUACAGCAUUUUAUCAGCAAUAGGUAUACUGGACAAUCUAUACAAUUUUGAGCGAAUGGGGGGGGCAGUAGAUGGGAAUGUAAAUGCCCCCCAAAGCAGGCACUCAACACUAAAUAAAGUGGAUCUAACAAUUCUUCUGUCUAUGCUUGAGAACAAUGUUGAGCUUGGGGCUGUUUUGUAUCUUUAUCUUCAGCACUUUACAACAUAAUCUUUUUUCCCCUAAGAUGUCCAAUAUCAAUUUUUAUGUUAAUAACUGAAAAAUCUGCUCUUUGUACAUUCUGAAUGUAAUAGCAUGAACAAGUAUGUGUGUUUCAGCAGAUAAAUAUGCUAGGUUUUUAAGUGGGGAAAAAACAGGGUUGCUGUUUUGAUCAGUAUUAUAUCUAAUGAAAUUCUGGUAUUGAUAGGAAAUAAUUAAAUUUGCAAUAAAUUAAUGAGUUUUUUUAAGA